AUGGAUACACAGAUGGAAGAAUCACUCGUCACAGAAGAGGUGGAAGUUCCAGAGGAAGAUGUAUCACUUGCUGCAGUUGGUGAAGGAGCAGAAGGGAAAAAGAAGAAAAAGAAAAAGAGCAAAGACAAAGACCCCUCAGAAAAUGAUGGGAUGGAUGAGACCGUAAGUAGCAUACCAGAAGAGGAAGCCGAGGGAACUCACAAAACCAAAAAGAAGAAAAAACAUGAUAAAGGUAGACAGAAUGAAGAAUGCCCUCCAGUUGCGGAAAUCAUCACAGACAUUCAGGUGAAAAAGAAGCACAAAAAAUCAAAGUAUGUCCAGAGAGAUCCUGAAGAGGAACCAAAUUUCUAUGAGAAAGAAAAUAUGCAAGCAGAAGUAAAUGCAAAAGUUCAAAGCAGUGAAGAUGAAAAAAAGACAAAGAAAAAGAAGAAAAAGAAACAUCAUAGAGAAUUAAGUGAAGACCAAGAAUUAAGUAAUAGAGAAGAAAGUAAACCAGCAAAGUGCCCAUACACAUUAAAGGCCUGUCCACACAUUUGGGCAUUAUCACCAGGCACACGGCAGACAAACUACUCA